AUGCCGCCCAGGCGAAUCAGGAAACUGAAUGGCUCCACCGAUCAGAGUGUUCGCUGGCUGAAUUAUGCCCAUACUACAUCAGGAAACCUGCCUGACCCCACCAGGCGCCGUGCUACGAAUGAAACAAACGUAUACGACCUCCCCGUCUCCCCAGAACGGCCUCGACCCGAAAGGAAUUUGAGAAGCCGCCCAGUGCCUGCAAAAAAUGUGCUACCGUCAAACGAUUCCACGAGUUCGGAGGACGAGGACGAGAGCCAAGAAGAACACGAAGAAGAAGACCACAAGGACCACAAAGACCAGGGGGAGCAAGAACAAUCCAGCGGUGCUGGACCGCAGUCAGUCAGGGACGCGUCUAGUCCAAACGAUGCGCCGUCACCAAUUGCAAAUGAACACGAGUCCAAGGAAGAAGUGGAGUUGAAGAGUCAUCAAGAAGCCCCGGAAAGCGACGAUGAUGAAGAUGAAUAUGAUCCUGAAUCUAAUGUUGAGCCAAGGACAGAUUCAUUGGCCAAAAUCCACGAGUCAGCCGGUGAUGAUGUUGAGAGCCAGACUGGAGUUGAUACAUCAAGGGUCGAGUCCAACCCGGGAAGUGAUAUUAACCCGGACCAAGAAUCAGAUGAUAAUGAAGAUCUGGCGAGCGAUAAUGCUUCCACCGAUGACAGAGACCAGCUCAGAGACGAGUCGCCAGGCGCAGAUGAACCCAACGUUGAAUCAGAAGGCGACUCGGAAAUUGAGCUCUUUGUUGAAGCUCAGACCGAAGCAAGUUCAUCGGAUGCUAGUUCUCGCGCGGAGGAGCAGGCUCCUCAGACUUCACCACAAACUCAAUCUCGAGGUCUGCAACUGAGUCAUGAAUCAAAGCACGGCUCACGAUCUUCCCAAAUCCAUUCUUCUCAGCCCCGGAAAAUAUCAGAAACGCCGCAACCGGCAAAACGCCCAAGCCCCCCAUACGUAGAACGCGCAGUCAGUUCCCAUGGAAUAUUCACGUGGAUGACCGAGACAAUCAAGGAAUCUGGGUUCAAGGAAACCUGGGACGUCAUCCGCCGUACAAGAAAUGUGAAACGAGGAGCCGAUCCAUCUAUGAGAGAAUGCUUCCAGCAUAUUAGAAGGAUGAAAGUACGACUGCAAGGUCUCUAUGAGACAAUGAGCGAUGAUGAAACCUGGGACUCUAGGACAAAAGAUGGGUCGAGAGGACAUUGCAGUCUGAUUGCCAACAACAUAUUCAAAGAGAUCCAAUGGAUCAUUUUCGAUGAAGCCCAAGCCGAUGAAAAUACGGGUGACUAUUUAGUCGAACAGCUGGAAGCCCAUGUCGUGCCCUGGCUGAUUGAGUUGGUUUACUUCGGAUUCCGGGCCUACAAAAACAGAGGCGAUUGGGCGAGGUGCCAUUUUCGCAUCUCCCUCGAUCUCCUAUGGGGAUGCAGCUACAAGAUCUCCUGUUAUUCCGAUCGGGUCUACGGCGCUGGCAAAGGUUCGACCGAUUCUAGGGGUGCGAUGCCAGCGGUAAAGACCAUCAAAGAUGCACUCGAUGACGGUCGAUUGCGCGAGAUCAGGAACGUACCCCACCCACCACGGUAUAGGCACUUUAGCCUGACGGAGGUGGAGAGUCAGAUUUCCUGUGGGCCAUGGAAACGAGUAGAGAAAGAUGGCCUUCGGAGAGCAUUUGAGAAAGCGGUCUUGAAUGGCGUCGAAGGUGAGAGAGUCAGUUCCAUGUCUAAUGAAUCUUGCUCACCAUUCAGACGAUCAUGUAUUUGUUGA